AGCUGUAGGACCCAGCGGACGCUUGGUACUGGUUAAGAUACAGUGUGAGGUUUGCCUAUCGGGGUGAGUGCUGGUUGCUGAGCUCCGGGGAGGGAAGAUGGGGCUUGUGACAGAGCCAGCAGCUGGGAAACACCAAGGGCAACCUGUGACAGGGGCAAGAAAUCAGGAACUGCACUGAGGAGCCGGCGUGGGCGAAAAUUACAGAGAAGUUCACUUUUCUCUGUCCUUACUUCACACAGGUAACCUUGUCAGCCUGAACUUCCACUGGGGCUGGAACCGAUUACAAUUAACAGAAAGCAGUCCAAGGCUAAUUUUAAGUCCCAAAUUCUCGAAACAACAACACCAACGAAAGAUGCACCCUGCUCAAAACAAUUCCUCUGUGAUUUAAUUUUGAGAAAAGGGCAGUAGGAGUUGAGCGAGUUUCCUCCUCAGUUUGUAGUGCCGGCUGCGAUAGGAUCCGUCGGAAGGGAGCUGACCCUACAUUACCUUCGGCUGUGAACCCGAAUUGCCAGGACCAGGAAAGGAGCUGCAUGAGGAAGCCCAGGACCAUUCUGGAGACCGGAGUUCAGUAUAAACAGAGAGGUGUCCUGUGAUAUGCAGAGAACAUUCAUAACUUUAAAAAUACAUCCAGAACCUCAACCUGAGCUACAAAUCUUCUCAAAACUUACUUUAAAAAUAAUUCCAAAAAGUCUUGGAGUCUGAGUAUCUGGGAGAAUGGCAGGUCUACAGAUGGUUACACCUUCACCGGCAUCGCUUUGGUUGCUUAUUCCAGUUUUCGUUGGAUUGUUGCUUAGUGUCAUACUGGGGCUCACAGCAGAUUUUCUAAAGAAUUGCUGUAAAUCAUUUUCAAAGGACAACAAAGGAGAUGACAGCAAAAUUAAAGUUCCUACAGAGCCUGCAAGUCCAUCUUCUAAACCAGAGUCCAGUGCUAGCCAGAAGAAGCUCAGAUUUACUGAGGACAUCUUGCUGUCCAAACUGCCUCCUGAUGGUAAGGAGGUACGCUUUGUGGUACCAAAUUUAACACCGACUUAUAUACAACCAGGUUUUAACUGGAAGUAUGAAGACUCUGCGCAAGGUUUCUCAAGAGCUCAAUAUACUGAAAGAAAACAAGAGCUAUCCAAUUUACAUCAACACCGGGCACAGUUUGAUGAAAUCUACAAUCCUAGUUUUAUGAUGAAGCAAGUUAGCCAAGGAGGAGGUCGUCACACGCUAUCUGCAGGAAACCCAGGCACUCUGUCUGGGUCAGCUUGGGAAUUGAGGAUCCCAAAAAUGAGUAAUGCACAAGGCUUAAGCAGUUCCAUGUUGGAUCUUUCAAAUCCACAGCGCAUGCAAAGGUUUAGUUCAGCCUCCAGUAUAAGCAGCACACUGUCUUCUUUGAUGGAUUCCCAGGGAAGCUCUCGAAGCAUAGAUACACUUCCUGAUGACUUUGGAAAGCUCAACCUGAAACUGAGUUACAACCCAAAUGUGGAACAAAUCUGGAUCAACAUAGUACAGAUUAGAGACUUGUAUCUGCGCAGUAAAUCUGCAGAAAAGGUUACUGUUUAUCUGAAAGGAACAAUAACAUUACCAAAGCCUGUGCACUUCAAAUCUUCUGUAAAAGAUGGUGCCAGUGAUUUGCUGUUUAUGGAAACGUUUGUGUUUAAUCUUUCACUGCCUAUUCUCAAAACACAUGGCCUGGUUAUCAGUGUUACGACUCAGACUCCACGGAAGAGGAUUGUUGGUGAAUGCUCAAUGUCACUUAGAGAGUUAAGCAAUGUGGAAUCAAACCUCUGGCUUGAUAUUACUCCACCUUCAAAAUCACCGAACUGCCAUUCACUUCUGCAAGUAGGAACAUGUUUCCAAGCUGUCAGCAAUCGGAUCCAGCUGCAAAUCCUGGAAGCACAGAAUCUGCCAAGUUCUUCUCCUCUGACACUGAAUUUCUACGUGAAGGCAAUAAUGGAAACCAGGGAUGGGCUGUUUGACAAGAAGAAGACGCGCCCUCUGAAAGCUGCGAAUGGUCAAGUGAAAUGGGGAGAAACAUUCCUGUUUCCUGUUAUUCAGAAUGAGCUCCAUCUCCAGAGAGUCAGUUUCAACCUGAAACUUUACAGUCGCAGUUCAGUAAGAAGAAAACACUGCUUGGGACAGGUGGUGAUUGGAUGGGACAGCACUGGAGAGGCUUUGGAACAGUGGCAGGACACAAGUGCAAAUCCAGAGAAAGUUGUUAUCAAGUGGCACAACCUGAACCUCACCUGAGGUCACAGUGUUUUGCUGAGCUGAGCAUGUCCUAACCAGACUCAAAUUUCAAAAACGUGGGACUCAACAAUGAAUUGUGUCUUUGUAUCAUGUAUUUUCUAAAGAGAUUAUUGGGAAUAAUGUUGCAUUCUUGAUGGUAAAACUCCAGAUUUUGUUGGCCACUGAACGCUACUGGAAAUUGAAACUUGUCAGAGGGCAUUAUGGGACAGGGUUUGAAAACCAUAGUCUGUGGAUGUGUGCCAAACUGUGUAAUGUCCAAAACCUAAUACUUAGCAUUGUCGUAAUCUUCGUAACUUAUGUCAAUGUUGUCUUUCUUCAUUCAUAACUCCAAUUUAAUAACAAUAGAUCACAGUAAGAGUGGAAUGCAGUGUAUAUAAUAGGGAAGUUUCACAGCUUCUGUCUGUGUAUUUUAUAAACCUAUAUAUUAUAAAUAACUGUUCUAAAGACACAAACUUUUAGAUAAGUUAAAUAGAGAUUCUCAAUUUGUGACUUCCGCUUUAAGUACAACUUGGCCACAAAUUGCAUGAUCCAAAUAUUCUCCAGAUCAAUACUUUCAGGUAAUUUUUAAAUGAAGAAUGAAAGGAAUCCCAAGUUAGUCACAGGUGAUGAAUUUCACACUAAAGUGGUGUUAUUUGUGUAGCAGGGUAUCUAGACAAAGACUCCAAAUGAAAAUGAAGUAUUUAAUCUGAGCAAUACUCUGUGCUCUUCAUCUCAUAAUUGAACUUUCUUAUAAAAUAGAUACUUUCUCUGAAAACAAAAGAUAGUUUUGAUAGGAAUAUGGGCUUAUUUGCUGCAAGCUGGUUUUGCCUAUUAAAUAUCCUCAGCAGGUUGGAAUUUGUCCAUCUGAAAUGAUGGUUGAUUUUGGCUAUCAAUGUGAAAGUGUAAUGUAUGCUUCUUUUUUUAUUUAACUGUUUAACUGGAGUGUUGCUUUAAAUCUCUUUUGUUUUUAAGUUCAUGCUGCUAUUUCCAUACUGAUACUGUCCUUGCCUAAAUAUUGUACAAAUUAAAGCAUCUCGGGCACGUAAAUGUGCACAACUUU